CCUUGGGAGCCGACCCUGUGAUGGAUGCCGAUCCUGAAGAGCCACCUGCAAAGGCAUUGAAGGUGGUCGACUUGUCCAAAGUGCGAAGACAAGUUGAGUUUUACUUCACGGACCGCAACUUGUCUCGGGACGUGGCGCUGCGGGAGGCCGCGGAACCCGGAGCUUGGCUCAGCGGCCAGUGGCUGCUGCAGUGUCCCAAGUUGCAACGCGAAGGCAUCACCUUGGAAGAACUCCACACUGCCGUGAAAGCUUCCGAUCUUUUGGAGCUGGAUGAAGAGGCCAGCAAGGUCCGACGCAAGGAGGAGUAUGGACCCUGGCCAAGUUUGAAGCUUCCUUGUCGUCCUGGUGGUACAGUGCUGGUGCUGCGCAAAAAACACGAUUCCAGUGAGAGUACAGGAGAGAGCGAGGAUUGUAGCAGUGCAUCGCAAGGUGAGGAAUCGUCUCCUUCACAGGAGAUUUGCCGGAUGGAAAGCCAGGAGCGUGCUCAGCAGGCCCAGGAAAAGCUUCCCUUGGAUGCUUCCAAAGAUGAAGCCCCGGCCACAGCCGAAGCCCAAGCCCGGGAGGCAGCGGACACAGCCCCUGCCGCGCUUUCUGGGGAGGAGGCAGCAGAGGCCACUGUGGAAGCAGAGGAAGCAGAGAAGGGACACUUGGCAGGAACGACCCGUGCUGCCGCCCGACGAUUUCUACGCGAUUGGAAGAUUCCGAAGACGGCCAUCUGCGGCCUCUCAGAGCCCAACUCCUUCGGCGAAGUCGUGGUCGCUUUGCACCCAUUCCCUGGGGAUUUGCACUUGCUGACCACUGCCGCGCCGGAAGGCUGGGAGCCGCGUGCUCUCUUUGGUUCUCAACGCUUCAAGGCACUGCAGUUCUUGCCCAAGCGCGUGCGGAGGGAGCUAUUGGAAGGUCCAACGGCGCAAAAGAAAUGGGAGGUCAGCGCGGAGCACUCAAAACGGAUUUGGUGUUGGAGCGUGUGCGAUAGCCCACCACCACCACCACCAAAAAAUGGCAGUAUAACACCAUAA